ACAAGGACCGAGGUGAAGCGAGAGGCAGAGGAACAACUCACCGCACGGGGCUUUUCAGCCGCGGCGGCAUUUGCGCCGCUGAAGUGCUCAAAAAGCGAGUAAGUCUGCUAGACCGUUGGAGCAAGCAACCCUCUCCUGGUGUUCAGACUACCAUCGACAUCGAACUAGCAGAGAGACCAGCGAUGAAGUCUUCGACCCGUUCAAUGGCUGUGGCCACUUUCGCGUGCAUACCUUUGCUUCUCUUCCUCGUCAUGUGAGCUAGAACCUAAGCCCCUCAUUGAUGCACGUCUUGCCCCAACAAAUUAACUUCAGCCGUUGGUCUCCCAGACCUGUUUACACAUACAGGCAUUUCAACAGGCAAGCACCGCCCUUGCCCCCACCACCAGAGCUACCGCAAGCACGAGAGCCAUCGCUGCAUGCCCCUCUACCUGCGGAAAGGGCGCAAUCGCGAACGCCAAGCUUCCUCACCUUACUUGAGUCGAGACGCUUACUAGAUAACAUGCCCACGACGGAACCUCAACCAAUCGAGUCUGCGGAGCAGAGAAGCAGAGUGGAGCAGAUAGCGAGCAGUGUAGGAGAGCUCAAUCAAGAAAGCGAAGUAUCACAAGUUCCUACGAGGCCACACGAGCAGGAGCAAGACAGAAGGGCAAGGCAUUAAGGGAAGUCAUAUGUGCACAUUCUUAGGUGCCUUCAUUAGAGAUUGUGCUUUAUAGGGAAGAGGUUCUUGGUCAAUCAUAAGUCGUAUCCUUCAAAU